AGCCUGAGCAGGUAAUAGACCCACCCACAAUGAGGCAGUAAAAUGACCAUAUAAUAAGGAAGUGCUUGCCAAACACUACUAGCCUGUUGCUAAGAGUAAAGCACACACCUGUUGAUGCUGCCACUGGAUCUCAAACUACACAAAUGACCAGGAUUACCCACAACGAUUAAGAGCUUUUUCCUGAGCAAGGUGACGUCGACCGGAACAUCACAGACCCAAUAGGUUACUUCUUGGUCUGGGCUCAGUCUCAACGGCAAAAGCUUCAACAUGCUGGCCAUCAUUGAGUCGUGGGAAGAGGAAGGGAGCUGCAUCAAGGACAACACCAGCCAGUUUCUGUUCAUCUUGCUGUUAAAGGUGGGCAUGGACGUUCUGGUCCUGUUCAUCAGCCUGCGCCGGCUUAACACCUCAUUCAUGGGCGUCUGUGGUUUCUCCGUCUUCCUGGUCGACGUGGCGUUGGCAUGCGCCGUUGUCGCUGUUUGGUUACUAGGACCUGCCCGCUCCCCAGUGUCCAUGUGCUUCCUCUUGGCGCAGGCCUCGGCCGUGUUCAACUCGCUCCCUCUGCCCGUGCUGGGCCUGGGGCUGCUGGACUACGCCACAGAGUCAUGCUACACCUCCAGCCAUGCCGCCCCCUGCAGGGCCUUGUGGAACUGCACCCUGACGCUUCUGGUGUGGGUGCUAGCCGGCGUGCGCUCCGGCUGCUCAUCCUUCACCAACCUCAUAGAGGUGGAGUACGAGGGAGGGAGGCAUGCUUUAGGGUGCGUGGUGCAAGAGUCUGUGUUUGUAGUACAUUUCUCAGUGGGGAUCUCCGUAGCCAUCUGCUGUGUGCUGAUGCUGCACUACAAAUGUCUUUCCUCGUGGCUGAAGGAGGCCAACAGGCUCUCAGAGCAUAGGGACAACGUCAACCCAACGCUGCACAGCGACUUGAUCUUCAGGUAUGCCAAGUUCGGCCAGCCAGGGGCUGACAAGGACGAGGAGAAAGCACUGGCGAUGGAGACCGAAUGUCAGAGGUACCCCCUUUACCUCGGACUGACUUUGGGCUUCAGCACAACGUGGGGAUCAUACCUGUUCAUGUGCGUUGCCUGUGAGCUCUGGGGCAUUGCGGUUCCCGCCUACAUUGCCAUAAACCUCCUGUGGUUGGAGUGUGCCAACAGCUUAUUGGUAGGGCUGGUGUUCUGGCUCAAAAGCGACUGGCUGGGGCCGUACAGCAAUCUCCCGGACGACAUCUGCCAGUGGCAGGUUUACUGGCACUUAAGUAGAGGACCCGUUAGAGACUCUGAGAAACUUCCCAAGACUGUGUUCAGCCUGUCAGGCAAGGACAGAAACCCACUCCUGCAUGUCUGAAUUAGGCCAAUCAAAAGAGGACUUGGCUCAUGAUGCGAGAUAAGCCUACUGUAUUACCUUUACAAUCCUUUGAUGAUGUUUGUUUCAGAUAUGAGGACAAAGAAAGCAAUUUUACUGUUACAUACUUUUAAUGAUAGCCUUGUUACGAUCCUAUAUGAUUCUCAGUAGUUCCUGCCCUUGAUAUGUUAACUGUAUGAAGGGUGGUGCCGUUAGUUUAGGCUCUCUCAUUGUUACGACAAACACAUCCAACAACAUGGGCAUAAUAAAGGACCUGCAACACUUUAUGUAGUAGUGUACUUUGUAUGUUUGCUCAAUAAACUACCUGUACUGACUCCCACUCCUCGAGUUUCAUGUUUCUCUGUUACAGGUUUUUCAAUAUGCUUUAGAGAAACUGGGCGAUUCUCAUUAAACUAGUUUUAACUGUCUGUUGCAAACUGAGUUACAAAACCAUGAUGCAUCUGCAAAAAGCAACUAUCAUUCUGAAGACUUAGAUGCCUAGUUUUUGGUAAAGUGUCAUAUUUUAAAGACAUUUGAGAUUUCUGCCUGAAUUUUGUAAAUUUACACCCCUAAUUCUCAUUACUGAAAUGUGUCAGGAUUAAAUUCUCUGGUCAUUUUUAACAAUUUUAACUUGUUUGAAUAAAAACAGUAUGCUGUAGU